CUGGGGAGGUCUGGCCUGUCCCUGUGUCAGGUGAUGAGGCUGGCCCACCCAGGGGUGUGGCAGCAGGGCUGGCCCGACUGUGACUUGUGAUAACCCCACGCUGGCAAGGAGGAAGACUGGAUAAAACAGGCCCCUGAGAUGGCUAGGGGCAGUGAAAGGGGCCCAAGAGACUAUGGGGAGAAAAGCAGCCAGGCUCCUAGGCAGCCCUCCCCCACUGUUUCUGAUAAGCAGGAGGAAGAGUCAAGUCCAUGGAAAUGCAGCUUUGAAUUCCAGAAGCCAGAGGCCUGUUACAAAGGUGGUUUUCUGGGAAGCAAGAAUCAGAGAGAUUAGACCUGGCUUCAAUAUCUGACUUGACUCCAGCCUACUAAAGGAUCUCCCAGUUCACCUGGGAGUUAGUCCUCUUACUCACUGUGUGGCUUUGGACACAGCCUGCAGCCAACACCCCAGGAGCCCUUGGUUCUAACCAACUGAUGCCCCUGUGCCCACUGGCCCACGCCAUGCAGCCCCAGUCCAUUCUGCACAGUGGCUACUUCCACCCACUGCUUCGGUCCUGGCAGACAGCCACCGCCACCCUCAAUGCCUCCAACCUCAUCUACCCCAUCUUUGUCACGGAUGUUCCUGAUGACGUACAGCCUAUCGCCAGCCUCCCAGGAGUGGCCAGGUAUGGUGUGAACCGGCUGGAAGAGAUGAUGAGGCCCUUGGUGGAAGAGGGCCUACGCUGUGUCCUGAUCUUCGGUGUCCCCAGCAGAGUUCCCAAGGACGAGCGGGGUUCCGCAGCUGACUCCGAGGAGUCCCCAGCUAUCGAGGCGAUCCGUCUUUUGAGGAAGACCUUCCCCAACCUCCUGGUGGCCUGUGACGUCUGCCUGUGUCCCUAUACCUCCCAUGGUCACUGUGGGCUCCUGAGUGAAAAUGGAUCAUUCCGGGCCGAGGAGAGCCGCCAGCGGCUGGCUGAGGUGGCACUGUCAUAUGCCAAGGCAGGAUGUCAGGUGGUAGCCCCGUCGGACAUGAUGGAUGGACGAGUGGAAGCCAUCAAGGAGGCCCUACUGGCACACGGAUUCGGCAACAGGGUAUCAGUGAUGAGCUACAGUGCCAAGUUUGCUUCCUGUUUCUAUGGCCCUUUCCGGGAUGCAGCUCAGUCAAGCCCAGCUUUUGGGGACCGCCGCUGCUACCAGCUGCCCCCUGGAGCACGAGGCCUGGCCCUCCGAGCUGUGGACCGGGAUGUACGGGAAGGAGCUGACGUGCUCAUGGUGAAGCCAGGAAUGCCCUACCUGGACAUCGUGCGGGAGGUAAAGGACAAGCACCCCCACCUCCCUCUCGCCGUGUACCAUGUUUCUGGAGAGUUUGCCAUGCUGUGGCACGGAGCCCAGGCUGGGGCAUUUGAUCUCAAGGCCGCUGUACUGGAGGCCAUGACUGCCUUCCGCAGAGCAGGUGCUGACAUCAUCAUCACCUACUACACACCCCAGCUGCUGCAGUGGCUGAAGGAGGAAUGAUGGGGAGAGUGCCAGACCUGAGAACCAGAACUUUAAAAAGUUCCCAGGGCCGCAGAGAAGUGAAAACCAAAGUAAAUGCUGCUUUUAGAACUGUGCCCUCGUGCCCUCUUCCUGCUUACAUGCUGGUGGGCCCAGCAGCCCUGGGUGGUUUUGCCGGCAUGCUAACUCUUACAACUCGCAGCUGCAUCCUAUGGGCUUUCCCAAGCUUCCCUGCCCCUCCCCUGGAUCAGCCCUGAGCUGACCUCAGCUCACUCUCAGCUCUUUCCUCUGGUGUGGCUUCAGCUUGAAAGCAACCUGGAGUUGGGGCACAGGCUUGGUGGGGCCUGGCUGGGAGAGGGUCUUGGAGCAUUAGGGGAAGAGGAGGACAGUGGCAUCUGGGGGACUGAGAAGCCUUGGAAAGCUUCUGGCAGCAGAGCAGGGUGUGGGACUGAGACCUAGAUCGAUAUCCCUGGGUUAGAGUGGAAAUGUGCUGCGAUUCCACUGGAAGGCAUUUCCCACACAGGCCAGAGGUUGCCAGGCUGCCUGAGGUCUCCUGUUCUGCCCUGAACCAUAAACCCAGAGAAGAAUGCCUCAUUAGCAGCAGAAAUAUUGCCUGAGGAUCAAAACUUAGAGGCAAAGAGGGAGUUCCUGACUGCUGGAGAUGCUACCACCAGAAACACUUUUUAUUCAAGAGAUACUUUUUGAGACUCUGCUCUGCUCCUAGGUUCAGGGCUGGGUCCUGGGAAUACAGCAGGACAGACCUCAGCUUGUCUCUUCAGGGAAAUUAUACAAAGAAAAUAGGGGAGACAGCUAAGAAGAAAACAAAGAAAUAAAGCAGUUACACAUUG